GGAGAGAAGAAUAUAAAAUUAAAAAAAAAAACAAUUUCCCGCACGCACAUGUCCUGACUUGUGGGUUUCACGCUGACCUGGGAACUGGCUCGGGCCGACACUGGGACCGUUGGAACUAAGGGACUCCGAAGGAAAUGCCGGCUAUUGUCAUUCCUGGUCCUCCUAUAGCAGUUUCUCCAAUAAAGUGUAGAAUCCUGUCCAGGUGCACAUUAUACUGGAAUGGCGGCAAGGCAGGCGUGGAAUGGACACGUCAUCGUAAGCGUUUCCAUCAGAUCUUGGUGCUCCCUGCUCUUAUUGUUGGAUGCGAAGCAUCCUUGGCCUCUCUAGAUCUUUCAACUUCCUCUUGUCCUCGUGCUCCUCUACUGAACCGAUCGUUUUCUUCUUCUUCUUCCUCAGUGCCUUGUGCUGCUUCUCCUGCUGCUUCAUCUGUCCUGGACCCUCCUCCUCCUCUUCCUCCUUGUCCUCCUUGUCCUUCUUCUUCGUCUGCGUCUGUAGUAAAAGUUGUAGCAGAGGGCGAAAAGGUGAUUGUGAAGGGAGGGGCAGAGAGAAGGGAGAUGGACGAAACAGGGGGGAAAGGGAGGGACACGAAGGAGAAAGAUCUGGUCCUUCUUGGUGGAGGACAUAGCCACGUGCACGUUUUGAAAUGCUUAGGGGAGAGGCCUAUACCCGGAGUGCGGCUGACUGUGGUUACCCGCGACGUGCGCACACCGUACAGUGGGAUGCUCCCCGGUUUCGUCGCAGGUCAUUACACGUACGACGACUGCCACGUGGAUCUCGCUCCUCUGUCUCGACUCGCCAACGCUAGAUUGAUCCACGCGGCAGCGGAGGGGAUCGAUGUGCAGUCCAAGUUGGUAAAGAUUCCAGGAGGAGAGCUCAUACGCUACGACGUGCUGGCUAUCGACAUAGGGAGCAGACCCGUGCAAGAAAAGGUUCCAGGUGCGAGAGAGCACUCCAUUCCAGUCAAGCCAAUCGAUCAAUUCAGUGUGAAAUGGGAGGAGAUGAGGAAGAGGGUGCUGGACCAAGCUAUCAUGGCCCAAUCUUCAACUUCAUCUUCUUCUUCCCGAGAUCCGCCUGAUGGUGCUGCUGCUGCUUCCGGUGAUGGUGAUGGGAGUAGGUCGACCUCGUCGCCAUCGCCGCGGGUGACAGUGACGAUAGCCGUGGUGGGGGGAGGGGCAAGUGGGGUGGAGGUUACACUGGCCGUGCAGCAUCGGCUGAUGAAGGAUUUGGAGGAGGUGAGGAGGAAGAGAAGUCAGAGGGAGAAGAAGGGACAGGAGGAGGAGGGAGGAAAAGGGGGAGGAGGAGAAUGGAGGGAGGUGGAGGUGAAGCUUCGUCUCCACACUGGCAAAGCUUUGCUGCCAAGUUAUCCCAAGAAGAUGAGGAGCAUCUUCGUAAGGAUCUUGGGAGAGAGAGGGGUCGAACUUGUGCAGGGAAGCACCGUGGUGGAAAUGGGAAAGGGGUGGAUGAAGGGGAGCGAUGGUGUAGAGUAUAAGUUUGACGAAUGCUUGUGGUGCACGGAGGGAGGUGCGGCUCCCUUCCUGCGAGAAACAGGACUGGAGCUAGACGAUCAAGGGUUCAUUAAAGUGGAUGAGUACUUGAUGUCAACCAACGUUCCAGAUGUGUUUGCCACUGGAGACAUUCACUCUUCGGUGAAGUACCCAAGGCCCAAAGCCGGGGUGUUCGCAGUCAGGCAGGGGCCGCCGCUUGUGGAGAACCUUCGCAGAAGAUUCGCGGCAAUCAAGGAGAAUGUACCGAAGAAGGAUGAUGAGCGGCAGGCCUCCGCCAGACAAGGACUGCGUCCGUUCGUGCCACAAUCACGAUUUCUAACACUGGUCAGCACGGGAAAUAAGUACGCCGUGGGUGCGAGAGGCUCUUUCGUGCUGGAGGGAGGUUGGGUGUGGUGGUUGAAGGAUAAGAUAGAUCGAAAAUGGAUGAAUACGUACAAUAUCAAAGGCUGACAUAAGGGUACGCACAGCUGUAAGUGAACUGUAAAUACUGAAAAAAAUAUGAAUGAGGUCUAGUUAGGCUCACGUAGGCUGCUGUACACGUGUAUACGUCGCCGUCCGAGCGCGCGUGUGGCUGAUGUACACGUGUAUAAGUGGUUGCCUGAGUGAUUGUUUGGCUGAAGUACGCGUGUGCAAGUCGUUGCUCGAGUCCCCGUUUGGUCUUCGGUGCGUAAUCGUCGCCCGACGAAGUAGAACGAUAUUGGACUGGCAAUCAAUCAAUCAAUCAAUCAAUCAAUCAAUCAAUCUAUGGAUAAAUCAAUCAUAAAUGUAGUAUACGAUCGUGUAAUCGAUAAGGCGAUAAGUCGAUCAGUGGAUCAGUGAAUCAUUUAUUUCUUUCAAUCGCACAUCGAGGCAGUGGGUUUAAUGGAUUAGUCAAUCCAUCUCUCCAUCUCUCCAUCUCUCCAUCUCUCCAUUGACCAGUUAGUCAACGGGUCAAUCUUGUUACAGAUGCGUGAGGCCAGUCAAAAGUCUUGGUGUGAGGGUGCUCUUAGACGAUGUGAUGGGUGCGUAAAGAUUGUGUCGGAGUAGGGGUAAUAUGAGGUAGAGAAAAACGAGCGUAGUAGAGGACGGGGAACCUUACUCAAAGAAGGGAAAUUUUGUAUAUAAUACACAUGACGCCAGAAAGGAGGGAGGUAAACAAGUGUCGCAGAAAGUAGAAAGACCUUUCGUGUGUGCGUGCGUGCGCGCGCGCGCGCGUGUGUGUGUGUGUGUGUGUGUGUGUGUGUGUGUGUGUGUUUGUGUGUGUGUGUGUGUGUGUGAGAGAGAGAGAGAGAGAGAAUGUGUAGUGUGUUCGGUUCAAUAAAGAAAAUAAAUUGGGAACGUGUGCGUGGAAGUAGACGAACCUAGACGUGUUUAGUGGCAAUGUGCCGGAACAAAUACAAUCAUUGAAUCAAUCUUGUUCUUGCGGAGAGGUCCUACUUACCCGGAUUCUCCGUUCGUGGCCGUUGAUCUGUGCGCAAUGUGUGGUCAGAUUCUAACAAUUCCGCUGAUUAGGACCCUCGACGCGCCGGCCUUCGUCCCCCCCGCCGGGAACCCUUCCUUUGUCCUGGCUCAUGCCAGAAGUUGAAAGCCCCGGGCAUGAUUCCACUCUACUCUCCUCCCAUGAAUUGAACUUACGGUCAUUAUUGCUGUAUCUGAUUAGAAUGAAUGUGGCCCCAAAUA